UUCAACUGCAAGCAGCAAGCUUUUCACUCUUGUACAGUUGUACUUGUGUCUGGUUUCAUUAAUGGAAUCACAACCCCAGACUUGGCCCCCUUCAAAGUCCCAAGAGCUUUGCAUACAACAACAACUCCCCAUUUUGCAAUAAAUUUGGGAUUUCAGGAUUAGAUGGCUUUGGUUCCAGUAUGCUAUAGGGUACUGUACAAGGACAAAGUUCAUGUUGAUCCAAUACAUUAUGUAAUAAGAGGACCAAGUAGAGGAUUAGAAAGCCGUCUAAGAUGCAGUUUGGCACAUAACUCACAAGAACAAAAUCGUGGGUCGGUUCAGUAUGCAUCAGGUGCUAGAACGACUGAGAAGCAGUUGAGUUCUUUGGAUUCUUACUUUGGAAAACUUCAAAAUAGCUCAACUCUGCCUCCAGAAAAUGCAAGCAAGACGAGCGAGGCAGUACUCGGUAGAAAAAAUGAUCGUUUGGGAUUGAAGGAGGAGUUGGAUUAUCUUGAUACAUAUCUUGGAAGACUUGAUAAAGAUGCAAACCAGUCUGAAAAACCGGUUGAUGUUGCUACUGGAGACAAUAUAGUUCCAGGGUCAGUAUCUAUCAUUCAAGAAUCUGAAAAUGGUGCCGAGACGAAAUUGAUCGAGAGCUAUAUAAGCACAACUGGUGAUAAUGCUCAGGAUAGUGAAAUUUCUGAUCUCUACCUAAUAGGCAUAUUGGGUUCUAUAAACAUUGCAGUUUUUCUGUUUGAGAUAGCAAGUCCAGUUAGGAAUUCUGACUUGGAUCUCUUUUCCCUUCCAUCGUUAUAUGGAGCAAAGAUAAAUGAUUUGAUCCUGGUCGGAGAAUGGUGGAGGCUAGUCACACCAAUGUUUCUGCACGCUGGACUUAUUCAUAUAGCUAUCGGUUCUUGGGGACUUGUUACAUUCGGACCUAAGGUGUGCAGAGGCUAUGGUUCAUUCACGUUCUUCUUGAUCUAUAUGCUCGGAGGAAUCUCUGGCAAUCUGAUUAGCUUUCUACACACACCAGAACCAACUGUUGGUGGAACAGGACCAAUAUUUGCCAUGAUUGGAGCUUGGCUCAUCUAUGAGAGCCAGAACAAAGAUUUAAUUUCAAAGGAGGUCUCAGAGAGUAUGUUCCAGAAGGCAAUAAUAACUACAGCUCUUACCUUCACAUUGAGCAGUUUUGGUCCUAUUGAUGACUGGACACAUUUUGGAGCUGCAUUGACAGGAAUAGCAUAUGGAUUUUUGACAUGUCCUAGUCUUCAACUAGACGAUGUAUCAUCGUCUUCGAGUACCCAAGAGGAAGGAAUCACACUCGUUAGACGUUAUGCUGAUCCCUGCAAAUCACUUUUUCUCUUCACAGUGUUUGUUCUUGUUUUGAGUUCUCUGCUUCUCUUUGUUGAACCUCCACUCAACACCUUAGAUUAGACUCUUCUGUGUAGACGUGAAGGACUUGUAUAUAAAGUUAGGUAGAAAAUAAUAUAUAUAUAUAUGUACUUGGAAAGAAUGAUUAUGAAAGACUUCAAAGUUUAAACUGUGCUGUAGAUAUUACCCCUACUG